AACACCGCGACACACUCACACGUUCAUUUAUAAAUGUGCAUUCAGCCUGUAUAUAUAAAUAAAAAUGGCGUCGGAUGUCGAUGAACGCGCUGCCCUCGGGUGUACCGUGUAGAGGUGGAGUAAACUUUGCUCACAGGGAGGGGGAAAGAAAUGUCCGGUCAUCGCACCUGCCCUAUAAUGUAUAUAAGGAACGGGGUUCGUCGAUCCUUACGCCAGAACGUCCAGAAAUGCUGAAGAAUAUCCUUUUCGUAGUGUCAGCUCUGGCUAUUGCCAGGGCACAGAUCCCGAGCCUCGGAUGGUGCCCCGAAUACGUCCCGAUGGCCAACUUCGACAUGGGCAAGUUCCUCGGAGUUUGGUACGAAGCUGAAAGAUACUUCCAGAUCUUGGAUCCAGUUUCGCGGUGUGUGAAGGCAAACUACACUUUGGGACCGGAUGGCAAAUACCGCGUUAGCAACGAAGUAACCAAUCGAUUUACCGGAGUCAAGAGGGUUCUGGAGGGCGAAAUACGUACACCUUCUACCAAAGCCGAGGAAGGUAAACUGCACGUAGAAUACAAGGCACUACCAUUGACCCCGGAAACUCAAUACGCUAUUCUUGAAACUGAUUACAAAAAUUUUGCUGUGAUGUGGAGCUGUUCUGGUCUCGGACCACUCAGCGCCCAGAAUGCCUGGGUGAUGACCCGAGCACGCAGACCGGAAGGUCCGGUUUUGCAAUCGGCUUAUGGAGUCCUCGAUAAAUACAAAAUUUCAAGAACGUUCUUCAUCAAGACGAAUCAAGAGGAUUGUUCGAGCUUCGAUGAGGGUCCUCCGGCGCCGAAACCCUCGGAGAGCUUAACAACAGAAGCCCCGGUAGUUGAGGAAGCAGGAAAGAAAAUUGUUAAUUUGCGCUCGGCACUCGUACCCGAAGAAGAGGCAGCCGAUGAGAAACCCGAAGCAUUGGCGGACACAGUUCCGGAACCAGAAAAAGUAGCGGACUCGAACGCAGAAAACGUUAAGGUGCCCGAGGUGCGGAAAGAGGUAAACAACGUAGAACCAGCCGUGGAGACUGCACCGUCCUCGGUGCCCGAAGUAAUUCUCAAAGUUGCCGAUCGAGCUAAAGACAUUGCGAAGAAAACGAUCGACGAUGUAAAGAUAACUUUUGAACCGAUCAAAGAAACCUUGCAAAAACCAGCAGAAAAAUUCGGAGAGGCUCUGGAAAAGCCGAUUGAAAAUUUGCAGCAAACUUUCGAAAAGCCGAUUGGAAAUUUGCAGCAAACUUUCCAAAAGCCCUACGAAACAAUCAAAGAAACUUUGCAGAAGCCCUACGAAUCGAUCAAAGAAACUUUGCAGAAGCCCUACGAAGCGAUCAAAGAAACUUUGCAGAAGCCGAUCGACAGAAUCAAAGAAGCAGCCACCGCUACAGCACCCAGCAAUAAGGACAAAGAACCCGAGCCAUCCAAAGAGCCACUGGCUGAGGAAAGGAAAUAACUGAGCAAGAGAGCCAUCUGAUGUGAAUACUGCGGAUAAGAUAAUCGUCGGCGGAUUUGAAAAAAAAAAAAAAAAAAAAAAAAAAAAACAAAAAAAAACACGACUCUGGCAUAAUCCCAAGUGAUCAAUCGAGAAAUUGACGCGAAUUCUCAGACUCGUAGCGGUUUUCUGUAUCGCCCAUGAUCUCGUAUGUCAAUUAAACACACGAGGCAGGAGAACGAACAACCAGUCUCGUCUGAGGAUUAACAGUUUUUAUUAUUAUUGUUCUAUUUUAUCGUUUCAAUAUUUACCUUAGUGAUGGAGAGAAAGGCUGGAUGGAAACAAUGUAUUGAAAAAAAUAUAGUUGUAAGGAAAAAACGACGAUGUUAUUAAUGUACAAACGAAAAAUUGAAAAAAAUUGUGAAUAAAUUGUUACAUAAAAAUA